AAAUUACGAACAACAGUAGUGGCGUGGCGAUGGCGCUAUUGUUGUGGUGCUGGUGAGGCGUGGGGCAUGCUCUGUGAGGUUCGCGGCGCGCGUGUAGUCCUGAGAUGACACAAGUGUAAACAAGUGUCGUGACAAGUGAUGGAUACCCCACCGGGCGGGGGAAGAGAUUCCCGAUUUAACAUGGGAUACAACAUGUCACUUCUGAGCGGUGAAGGGGCGACAGAUAUCUACGGAAAUGCUGGCCACAGUAGCAGACCUUCAACUUCGAUCAGUUCAGGGGUGCCAAGGCCUACGUUAUCGCUGCCGACCAGUUGUGCGGGCUUGCAGCGCGGUGUGAAACGAACGUCCUCGGAUGUGUACUUGGAUCAGGAAGUGUCCGGUGCUCGCUCUGGCAUGUCAUCGCACGGCGGUCUGGGUCUCGCGGGAGAGUGUGGUGCUGAGAUGGGCGAUACAUCGUUCACCGAGGUGAAGAAAUCACCGCCAGCAAAUGGAAAAAAGACCAAAGGACGCGUGAAAAUAAAAAUGGAGUACAUAGACAAUAAGUUACGACGUUACACGACAUUUUCGAAGAGGAAGACGGGGAUUAUGAAAAAGGCAUACGAACUGUCCACUCUGACGGGCACGCAGGUGAUGCUGCUUGUCGCCUCGGAGACGGGACACGUGUACACCUUCGCGACGCGCAAGCUGCAGCCCAUGAUCACGUCAGAGGCUGGCAAGGCGCUGAUACAGACGUGCCUGAACUCGCCAGACCCCCCGGCGGGCGGGAGCUCCGGUGGUGACCAGCGCAUGUCUGCCACCGGCUUCGAGGAGACGGAGCUCACCUACAACAUCGGCGAUGAGGAGCAGAAAGAGGGCGUCGCGCUGUCCCCGCGCUCCGAGGCGGGGGGAGAGUCCGCCGACUCCAGCGCCGAGUCCGCCGCCGCCGACGACCCCGACGACAGCGCCGCAGGCGGCGUGGCGGACGUCUCCAAGGACACCAAGCAGGCCCCCAGCCCGGGCCCCGCCCCGCAGCCGCAGCUCGUCUCAGGCAGCCUGAUGGGGCCGCCGUACCCUCGCGUCAUGUACCAGACGGCCCAGGGCAUGGUGUAUGCCGCGCCCACACCCGCGCUGCCCAACGGGGUUAUCUUCAGCCUGGCCCAAGGCACGAGUGGUACGUCCGGCAGCACGCCUGGACAUCCCCAGUACGUAACCAUCCCCUUCCCUGUGGCCAUCACGGCAGCCAAGCACCAGGUGGCGGCUGACCUCAGCGUGGGCCGCAAGUGACAUCCACCAACCUCCAGCUCGAGUACCGACACAAGCGGUCUAGCCGGGAGAUGUUUCAACAGCAGACAUCAUCCAGUCUUCAAGAGCACUUGUUACUUUUUUAUACCUGUGGAUAUUGAAUCCGCUAUUUGUUUCACUGAUGGCCUGAAAGUGAACAUUUGGUAGAGUAACAACAUCUUUGGGUGUUUGCAGUCCUCGUAGGCUUCCUUGGAAUUGCUCUGCUUGCGAGGUACUAGUUAUGCCAUCACAGCCAAGUGGGGCUGAUAUUGGACACGUAUAAUUAUAAAAUAGAACAUAUAUUUUUAUUUUAUUUUGAGGCUGUUCAACUCUCAAUCAAUAUUUUGGUUGUUAUGCCCACCAUCAAAGUUAUAUUUUGAAAUGCAAAAACAUUUUGAAUACUUGUAUUCUGGGUCUCUAACUUUGUACAAACACAGUUUUAGGUGCAAUUAUGAUUUGUUACAAAGUUUUUCUCAAGAAUAUUAUUCUAAAUAUUUUAAGAUUAUGAUAUAAUGACAGAUGCCAAGAAUGUUGAGAUGUGUAUUUUAAUUUUAUUCGUUUGACUAAACAGAAACCCUAUAUUUGACAUUAUGUACUUUACAAUCAGAUUGCCUUUAGGAAUUUGAUGUAUGAUAGAUUAAUGUCUAAAAUUAGGUUAAAAGCUGGUUAUAUAUUUUUUAAUAGGUUUUAGUAUUUUUUUAAUCUCCUCUCACUCUCUACUAUUAUGUAACUUUAAACUAAGUUUUUAUGCCCUAAAAAUACUCAAGAAUUAAUUUAUAUUAAUUAAGUAUUCAUGCUAAUAUAAUUAGUAUACUAAAGUUUCUUGCAAUACUAGGUUACCAACCAAACAGAAAUUUGUCUUGUACAUUUCAGUUUGGUUCAGUUUGGUAUGAUGUGUGCAAGCUUGGCACUUAAAUGUGAAUUUUAAAUGCAUAAGUCUCCUUAAGGCACUAACUUUGAAGUGAAAAAAAUUACUGAGAAAUACACUUUCAUUCAGAAGUUGAAUGUCAGGUCAUGUCUGAAUCCACCAAUUUUUUUAAAAGAAUUGCGAUAAACCAUCUUUUAUAUGCAUUACCAUCUUUUUAUGCAUUAUAUUAACUAUAAUAAUGUCAUAUUAUAAAUACUAAAAAAAAUAUUUAUAUGUGGUAUGUAUGCCUGCAUUGUAAACAUGAAAAAAAUAUUUUAAAGUACAAAAAUACUUUAUUAAUUUUUUUUUAUAAAGUUACUUGAGUAGCUUAACCCACAUUUUUGUGUUGUAAGGAAAAUGAUCAAUGAGAAAUCAUUUUUCCCGCAGUGAUGUGGGUUUCCCGUAGCUUCAAGCCAUAUUUCCUAAUUUCGUUGGCAACAAAAGUAGUUUGCAUGGAAAGACUUGCUUCACCCUGACCUUGUCUCUCUAAUUGUCAAUCUUAUUCAAGAUCUCGGCUGACAAAAUAACGUUUAAGAACUAGUUAGGUGCGUGGUAACUCAACCAGUAUUUAAUUUUGGUGUGGAUGUGAUGUUUAUUAUAGUUGUUGAAGCCUUGUCUUGCCUCCAGUCAUCUGUUUCUUUGUUGGAGCUGUUCUAUUUAAUUAGUUUGAAACAAAGCAUUUGAUCUUCUCACCGUUUACCUCUGGGAAUAAUAAAUUUCUCGGCACGUCAACCAUUAGCUUAGUCGUCGGUUGUUGCGUGGUGUAAUUUUAUACAAUUUGUCUGUUGGGGAAGAUUGCUUCUGUUGUGCAAUUGCAUUGUUGUGUGAGCAGUGCCAACGAAACAAGCAUUCAGGACAUUCUCAAAGAAUCUCAAAGAAUAACGUUGUUGUUUUUCAAUAAUAAAUUUAUAUUUCAUGAAGAGUGUGUUUAUAUGAAAAGUACUUGUGUUGUGUACGAGAUGAAGAAGGAAAUAAACUUUACUCAUGGAUACAGAUAAAUCUUGCGAGUUCAUACAAACCAAACACAUUGCUGUGGCUCGAAGUCUUUACACAUUGCUGUGACUCAAAAGUCUUUUCAGGUGCAAAUAUUUUAGAUCUAUUUAAUUAAACAGGAAUAAUAUCCUCCUCAAUCUUAAUGCUGGCAGGUUUAGUGGAAAUAACAUACUAACUCACUUUACGGAAGAAGGUUACGAAAAUGUCCUGUUUUCUGAGCCAAUCAAAUUCGCUCCCUGGCUGUGUAAAGCGAGUUGGCACACCUGUUAAUGUACCAUGUUAGGUGGAGACAAUGUGCAUAACAGAUGUGAACUCUGUUUUAUUGCCAGACUAUUGUGGGUUUUUGUGGCGUUUCUUUACGAUUGUAGAAAUGGGUGACCAAAGAGUCGUUCGAUUGAUAUAUGUAAAUACUAAUUACUGUUUUUAUUUUAUCGUAAUAUAUACAAAUAAAUUUACUAUUUAUUGUAUAAAACAGAGCUUUCCUGCAUUGGAUAAGAUUUAUUUAGACUAUGAAUACAGUUAUUUUUAAAUUUAAAAAUAAAGUAUUUUCCUUAAAUAAGGAUUUUCUUUAAGUGAAAUAUUUAAGCUGGAUUUUAUGUUACUAGAUACUAACUUUAAGUUUCUACUGUUAUGUGUUUCAGAAGAAUUCUGGAAAUUAUGAUGCAAUAAAUUUGAUGGAAUAAAUUUAAUGAAAUGGUGUACCCUGAUAUAAUAUUCAGAGUGUUUACUGAAUAGAAAGUUAGGAAGUAUUCAUUUUAACCCUGCAAAGAUAUCACUGAGUGAUAUGAAUGUUUGACCAGUCCUGAGCAUGAAAAUGGCUCACUGCUAGCAACUCUUUUUACUCCAAAUCUGUAGCAGAAUAUGAACAUAUCUGGGGCUAUACAUAUGGAGGGAGAAGUUAUUUUCAAAUACAAGAACUUAUUUUACAAAUAUCAGUACAUAGGUACUACAUGAAUUUUUACACACUUGUAAAAAACACUUUGUUCUACCAUUGUGGCCAGUAACUUUCGUAAAUGUUAUUUUAAUUUCAGUUAACUUUCUCUGUAGCAAUACUACCCAUUUUUAUUUUCAGUAAAUAUUAUAAAAGCACGUGUUGAAGCAGUAAUAUUUUUUUUAAAUAUCAGUUAAAUAUGCAUUUUUUUUUAAAUUUUACUUGUGUGUGUUUGCUUUGCAAAACAUUGUGAGCUGAAUUUUCUAUGAAACAAAAGUACAUCUGUGAUCCUGCAACAAGGCAAAACGUUUCUGUUAGUUGUCACAAAAGACAGUGAACCAGUUUAUGAGGUUAAUGUUACUUUUAUGGAAUUAAUUUUCAUUCUACAAGUUUAAAGUUAUUUUUCAUCUACAUCAAAUAAUUUUACAUGGAAAAGCUUUGAGCAGCUAAAUGUCCUGAUUUAUAACUGGCUACAAACCAUUUAUAUGUGCUUUCAAUAUAAAUAAUACAUUCAGAGUUAUGACUAGGAUUGUGUUUGAAAUCAUGGCAUUACACAUUUAACUUCAGUUCGUAAUGGUCUUGUAUUUUCUCACACAAAAAGGAUCAUGGAGCAAGUUCGUAGAGCAGAGUGCAGGAGAGAGCAUGCUGGUGGGGGAGAGCGUGGGAAUAGUCACAACUCCUGUCUCUUGAGCUUCACAUGUCAGUCAGCCUUUGCCUCUAUUGCAGUAGAAACAAACUUAGCCAUUCAGUGUUUGGCUUAUGUGAGCACCACUAUAUUAUUUAAAGCGCUGAACUUUCUUCUUGCUAGCUGAUAAAGCAACUGUUAUUCUUUUGCAAAACAUUCUUUUGCAAAACAUUCUUUUAAUUUUAUGAAAUAUUUUUAACUGUGCAGUACAUAAAAUUCUCAAAAAAAAACAAGCAGAUGAAGCCAAAAAUUUGCCACAAUUCUAAAUGUCACUUGUUUGCAUGAUUACUUAUAAAACUCCAAAUUCUCAGCCCUAAUCUAAGUGCACACACUUCAGAUGCCCCGAGUGCUUUGCAUUGUGCAAUAAAGUGGGUGCUCCAUCGACAUAAUCCUUUAGUACAUAACUGUGAAACUAUUUAUUUAGAGCUGAAAUUUUUUUCAUAACAUUGGGCACAACUCUCUGAAGUUGGUGAGGGUGACCACCGAGCGAUUGUUCUGUUUCAGCACAAUGUACUAGUGUUUCCAUAGACCUAUGUAGAAAUAUUUAUUUUUCUAUCAAAACUGUUAAGUGAAUAGCUGCAAAUGUUUUCAAAACAAAAUUGUGUCAUUCAUUAUGUAUGUGUAGACAAACUUACGAGGGCUUGCUGGCAAUUUUUUUUCUUUUUAUAUUACUGUUAUGUUUAGCAAAUUGCAACUUUAUGGUCUUCUAAUCCACAUUUUGAAGCAUAAUGUGAACAUGUAAUAUCGGAAUAUAUUGUAGAUUCCUGUUUCUGGCCGUUACUUUCCUCUUUUACGCUUGCUUGAUGGUAUUAACACUUUGUUGUACAUUGUAAACAGUUUGUACUCCUGAGUGCCAUAGAAUAAACAAUUUUUUUUCAUUUCCAA